AUGUCUUCCAGCUCUUCAAUCAACUCCUCUUCUAACCAGAUCUUGCCGGAAGAUCGUCGCGAGUCUUCCGAACCGAGCUCUUCCUCUUCAAACCCUCAUUCAACAAACUCCUCCAACAAGGAGACUAAUCCUCCUCAGUUGAUUCGUAAAAACUCCAGAUCGGUCAGCGCGAGCAGUAGCCGAUCUCGACCGCGAGUUGAGGCUACCGAACAUCUGGCUACAGAGACUCGCGAAACGGGAGCUCGAACUGGGCCGAACACCGAUGGUAUCGAUCACGAGAUCGAGGAGGUCGAGGAGCUUGAAGAAGAUAAUCCUGAGGAAAACGCUACCGAAGCAGGAGUCGCCGAGGAUAAUCUCGAAGCAGUGAACCAUGCUUCGCCACCACUUCCGAGGCGAAAAGUCGUUCGUCCCCAUAACGUGCCAUCUUCUUCCGUCUCCCCGAACGCCGUUCAUGCCGUACUCGAAAAACACGGGCUUUCAGACAAAGUUAUCUUCAUAGUACUGGAAGCUGGAGAUCGGCCAUGGGACGUUCCCGAAGGCUUCCUUUGCAUUUAUCUGUCAUACUUCACGCAGUGCGGGCUCACCCUUCCGAUUCCUUCUCGUCUGCUUGGCUACUGCAAUCGACGUGGCGUAGCUCUCACGCAGGUGAUGCCAGCCUCAAUAACAAACUACGUAGGGUUCAUUACUUUAUGCGACGAGCUCGGCGAAAUCCCAACCAGUCGGCUUUUUGAAGACCUCUUCUCGGUUAAUAUCCACAAGUCCAAGGAGUGGUUCUUUGCGGCAAACGCCAAGCCGAAAAAGAACAUCGUCACUGGGGUCAAACCUAGUCGUCAUCUCCCGAGCAUUAUUCUCAACUCCGGACUCACCUCCGAAUUCGAAGCAGCUUUCAGCGAAGCCGGUAAACGUCGUUGGCCUGAAGUGUGGGAAGAGAUUCUUCAGUGCCGAGCUAAGAAAGCAGCCUCUGUCAAAGAACCGAAACCGCGGAAGCCAAAAGCUCGAGCUAACAAGCCCCGAGCUUCUCCAAGACAAAAGGCGCCUAAAUCGCGAGCCAAACGAACCCGAACUGCCAGGAUGCUUUCACUGGACGAGAUCCCCACUCUUUUUGACGAGGAGGAACAGAAUGACGCGACUCCGAACCCCGUUCCUGCUACCGAAGAGGUUAGGGAACAACCUGAAGAACUGCCGCUCGCUGCGAACUCACCUGACCACGCUGGUCAGAAAAAGCUGAAGAAGAAAAAGUCCUCGAAGAAGACUAAGAGGAUUGAAGACUCUUCUCGGGCACAAGAUGCUCCCGCUGAGCUCGACCAACCGACGGCUGUGGCGUCGGACCUCGCUCUUUCUCAAGAUCGAGCUGAGGCUUCUCAUUCUCGAAAGAGACAAGCUGGAGACCGCGCCGAGGGUUCUCCAGAGCCAGAGCCAGCGAAGAGGGCGAAGGUCUGCUUCGAUUAUGACGAGGAAACUCCCUUCGAGGAAAAUGUCGAUGCUUGUGUCGACCUCUAUCACAAGAUUUCUUCUGAGGUUCCAAGUCUCUCGGCGAUCUCCGAGCUCUGGUUCCCAAACUUGUACAAGGGGAUUGCUCGCAAAACUGCCGUGCUCGCCAGUCAGACCAACAACUUGGUCGCGGCGUAUGAGGUCGCGCUAUAUGAUGAGCAAGUUAGAGUUGCCGAGCUUGAGGAGAGGGUCUCCAAAGCGGAAGAGCGUCUUGCCACCGAGCUCCAAAUCAACGACACUCUCCACUCCUCGGUUUAUCUGCUGAAGCAAGAGAGUGCAGAGCUGAAAGCGGUGAGAAAAGAGCUGACCGAGGCUCAAAGCAUGCUUGCUCAAGAGUUGGAGAAAGACCAGGAGCGGUUGCGGGCCUUGGUGACUCACUGGAAGGGUCGAGCUAAGAGCGUUCACGCAAAGGCUUGCGAACGUUUGGAGAAGGUGAUCCGCAGCUUGGAUGAUGCAGAUCGAGCCUGCAAGCCCUACUUGGUGGUCAACCAGCUUACUGGAGUUCUCGGCUCAUUAAGCAGCUGA